GCCAUCAGCUCCAUAAUAUCUCUUUUACAACCUAAGCAAGACCUGGAGCACCUCGGAGCUGCGACCUCCAGUUCACAACACCACCUGCCUCACACCCGGGCUCAUCUUUUCAUCCCACCGCCACCCCACCCCUCUCUCUGUUCACGGUGUCCUGGGAGGCUGCGACCUGCGUAGAUGAUUUAGCAGACUGCCCCUGCCCCUGCUUCUGCUCCUCCUCCUCCUCCUCUUUCUUCCCCGCUCUCUCUCUCUCUCUGUCGCCUCCUCUUCCAGCCCAGGCGCCCAGACUCGACGAAGCGCAGUGCCUGCCACCCGCGGUGCCUCGGGCUGCCCGGCGCGCCGCGCUCCCAGGUUCUGUCUCGCCGCACCCCGGCGGGCACUGGCGCGGGCAAGGACGCUGGCGGGGAGAACGCCCUGGGUUCAACGCAUUCCUGAAUCGAAUGUUGAGAAAAGCAGUGCUUUGAUCCAGCUCAGGAGAAAAAGGAGCGGGUUCCGAGUGAGACUUCUGGAGCCAGCGGGACACCCCAGUUUGCCCAGUGCGGCACGGCUGCACGCACCAUCCACAAGGUGAGGGGCGCACACCUUCCGGGAAGACCUUGGCUUCUCUUCUUACCCGCACCCACUCCAGGAACCUUCACUCAGAAGAAAUGCUGUGGCCCUUCCCUUUACCAACAGAAAAUGGAACACAAGAGACCACAUAGCUGAACAAAUUACAGCCUCCUUACAAGUGAGAAACCUUCGAGGCUACGUAGUUUUCAGCCAAAGAAAAAUAACCAACCGCUUCUCCACAGUGUACACUGAAACAGGGAAAACAUGAACAUCACAAACUGUACCACAGAAGCCGGCAUGGCUGUGAGGCCCAAGACCAUCACUGAAAAGAUGCUCAUUUGCAUGACUCUGGUGGUCAUCACCACCCUCACCACGUUGCUGAACUUGGCGGUGAUCAUGGCUAUCUGCACCACCAAGAAGCUCCACCAGCCUGCCAACUACCUAAUCUGUUCUCUGGCCGUGACGGACCUCCUGGUAGCCGUGCUCGUCAUGCCCCUGAGCAUCAUAUACAUUGUCAUGGACCGCUGGAAGCUUGGAUACUUCCUCUGUGAGGUGUGGCUGAGUGUGGACAUGACCUGCUGCACCUGCUCCAUCCUCCACCUCUGUGUCAUUGCCCUGGACAGAUACUGGGCCAUCACCAAUGCUAUUGAAUACGCCAGGAAGAGGACGGCCAAGAGGGCGGCGCUGAUGAUCCUCACCGUCUGGACCAUCUCCAUUUUCAUCUCCAUGCCCCCUCUGUUCUGGAGGAGCCACCGCCGCCUAAGCCCUCCCCCUAGCCAGUGCACCAUCCAGCACGACCAUGUGAUCUACACCAUUUACUCCACGCUGGGUGCGUUUUAUAUCCCCUUGACUUUAAUACUGAUUCUCUAUUACCGGAUUUACCACGCGGCCAAGAGCCUUUACCAGAAAAGGGGAUCGAGUCGGCACUUAAGCAACAGAAGCACAGAUAGCCAGAAUUCUUUUGCAAAUUGUAAACUUACACAGACUUUCUGUGUGUCUGACUUCUCCACUUCAGACCCUACCACAGAGUUUGAAAAGUUCCAUGCCUCCAUCAGGAUCCCACCCUUCGACAAUGAUCUAGAUCACCCAGGAGAACGCCAGCAGAUUUCUAGCACCAGGGAACGGAAGGCAGCGCGCAUCCUGGGGUUGAUUCUGAGCGCAUUCAUUUUGUCCUGGCUGCCAUUUUUCAUCAAAGAGUUGAUUGUGGGUCUGAGCAUCUACACCGUGUCCUCAGAAGUGGCCGAUUUUCUGACGUGGCUCGGUUAUGUCAAUUCUCUGAUCAACCCUCUGCUCUAUACGAGUUUUAAUGAAGAUUUUAAGCUGGCUUUUAAAAAGCUCAUUAGAUGCCGAGAGCAUGCUUAGACUGUCAAAAGCUAAAAGGCACGACUUUUACCAGAGCCUCAUGAGUGGAUGGGGGUAAGGGGUGCAACUUAUUAAUUCUUGGACAUACUUGGUUCAGGAGAGUUUGUAAGUAUGUGUGGUCUUGUUUUCUUGUUUGUUUGUUUGUUUGUUUUGUUCUGUUUUGUUUGAGGAUUGUUACUUGGCGUGCUGUUUUCUACCUCUGGUCUUAUCUGUGAUACAUAAUUUCAAAUAAACAUUAUCAUACAAAAACAUAAAUUUUGUAGAAGUAAUAAUAAGGUGAAAUAGUAAAUACUUUUUAUGGGCUUGGUUUUU